GUGAGCAACAAACAAAAGCAAACAACAUGAGAACCCAGAAUCGCAUACUCCUAACUGUGGCGGGCAUCAUAGCGCUCUGCCACAGCUUCAUUCUCCCACCUCCAACCGGCCAAUUCAACGUCGGCUCGAAAGCAUUCAUCUUCCCCAAGCUCACACUCGACGAUCCAGUAGCACCAAACGGCACCGGUACCUUCAUCCUACUCAACAUAUACUACCCAACCGAACAACCCGCCCCACCCACAAAAUACAUCUGGCCCGAUCUAUCUAAUCUCUACGAAACUUACUAUAAUCUCUCAAACGGUACAUUCGGUAACAUUACCGCGCCUAUAGCCUACUCCGCUCCACCCCUCCCUCCAAGAAAGUGGAAGAAACUGCAUCUCCCGACACUCAUAUUCCAUCCCAGCUUCGCAGGCCCACCGUCGCGGCUCUUUCACGCUUUGCUCUCCAAUCUAGCCUCUCACGGCUACUCGGUCGUGGCAUUGGACCAUCCGCACGAGGCGCCGUAUAUUGAGCUGCCUGAUGGUACGGGGGUCACCGGCCUACCAUUCAACUACCAGACCGACACGGAGGAGAAACUGAAGUUCGUGCAGCGCGUGCACGAUUACCGUCUCAACGAUGCAUCAGCGGUGCUGAAUGCCAUACCGGCGAUAUCGAAACAAUUAGCCAUCCCGCUCAACGCCACGCACUUUUCUUUCGUCGGCCACUCGCUUGGCGGCUCCGCAGCGCUGGCGCAGGUGGUAUACGAGCGAAACUCUACAAACCCACGCAAACACACCAUCCUCGGCGCUCUAAACACAGACGGCAGUCUCUGGUCCCCCAUUUCCGCCAACGAUUCCUCAGUGGACCUGCGCAUCCCCAACCUCCUCCUGAGCUCAGCGCAGCACAAAGGCGAUCCGCUGUUUCAUGACUUCGAUGUGCAGCAGUCUGCCUGGGCGAAGGAGAUCAAUGUCGGGGGAAGAUCCAAUCACACGGAUUUCUCAGACUUGAUUGUUUUGAAGCAGGGUCUUGGGAUUACGGGGGGUCAGGGCGCUGUGACCGCUGAGAGAAUGAUCAAUAUCACGCGAACGCUCGUUGGGAGUUUCCAGGGUCUGCUGGUGGGGAGAGGUGAAGGGGUUUUGAGCGGCUCGGAGGAGGUGAGGAAGGCUUGGCCGGAGUUGGAGUGGUUGUACAAUGGAACAAGGUCUUUGUCUGGAUGAUAGGC